UGGACGAAGGCUGUUUUUGAACACCAAAACAGGGGAACCAAAAGCCAUCAAUCUAUUCCCGAAAACCCAUUCGAUUUCUCAACAAAUUCCCCUUAAUUCAAUCACUUAGUUCGUCAAAGUUCUUGAUUAUUAUUAUUAUUAUUAUUAUUAUUAUCAUCUUUUGGGUUCUCUAACAAUGCAAAUGUGCGUGCCGGUUCGAAAACCAGGAUGGGUUUCUCCACGAAAACUGCUGGAGCAGAAGCUAACCCACCUCCAUAAAUGCGCCAACAUACUUCAUAUAAAGCAACUCCAUGCCCAGAUUAUCAGAGCCAAUCUCCACCUCGACCCUUUUGUCGCGCCCAAACUCAUCGCCGCCUUCUCUCUCUGCCGCCAAAUCGCUCUCGCCGUCAACGUCUUCGACCAAAUUCCCGAACCCAAUGUGCACGUUUUCAACGCCAUGAUCAGAGCCCACACCCAGAACUCUCAGGGCCCGCAAGCCUUCGCGGCUUUCUUCAACAUGCAGAGUAAUGGGGUUUCGCCUGAUAAUUACACGUACUCGUUUCUUUUGAAAGCGUGUUCUGGGAAAGCUUGGUUGUCCGUGGUUCAAAUGGUGCAUACCCACAUCGAGAAAUGUGGGUUUUGUUCGGAUAUUUUUGUGCCCAACGCGCUUAUUGAUAGCUACUCCAAGUGCGGGCCCGUUGGUGUUUUUGCGGCUAAGAAGCUGUUUUUGGCGAUGGGAGUGAGGGAUGUCGUUUCUUGGAACUCCAUGGUUGGUGGGUUGGUUAAAGUUGGGGAGUUGGGUGAAGCGCGCCAACUGUUCGAUGAAAUGCCUGAGAGAGAUUUAGUUACUUGGAACACGAUGUUGGAUGGGUAUGUCAAGGCCGGGCAAAUGAGCGAGGCGUUUGAAUUCUUUCAGAGGAUGCCGGAGAGGAAUGUGGUCUCGUGGUCAACGAUAGUGUCGGGUUAUAGCCGAGCUGGGGAUAUGGAUAUGGCGAGGAUUUUAUUUGAUAAGAUGCCUGUGAAGAACUUGGUUACUUGGACUAUUAUAGUAUCUGGGUAUGCUGCAAAGGGGAUUGCGAAUGAGGCGAAUAGUUUGUAUGAUCAAAUGGAGGAUGCCGGUUUGAAGUUUGAUGAUGGGACCAUCAUUAGUGUUCUUGCUGCUUGUGCAGAGUCUGGUUUGCUUGGUUUAGGUGAGAAAGUUCAUGCUUCUAUGGAUAGGAUUAGGUACAGGUGUUGCACGCCAGUAUCUAAUGCGUUGGUUGAUAUGUAUGCAAAAUGCGGUAGCUUGGACAAGGCGUACAAGGUCUUUAAUGGGAUAGGAAAUAAGGAUUUGGUAUCGUGGAACGCCAUGAUCCAUGGUUUAGCUAUCCAUGGUCACGGUGAGAAGGCACUUUGGCUUUUCGGUAGAAUGAAGAAGGAAAGCUUUUCCCCGGAUGCAGUUACCUUCGUUGGCAUCUUGUGUGGUUGUGCCCAUGCUGGCUUUGUGAAGGAGGGCCUUUAUUACUUUCACUCCAUGGAGAGAGACUAUGGAGUAGUUCCCCAAGUUGAGCACUAUGGUUGCGUAGUUGACCUGUUGGGACGUGGAGGGCGUCUUGAAGAAGCUUUUAGGCUUGUGAAUAGCAUGCCGGUAGAACCAAAUCCCGUCAUUUGGAGUACCCUUUUGGGAGCUUGCCGUGUGCAUAAUGCUGUGGAUCUCGCAGCAGAGGUGCUCGAUCACCUGGCUAAAUUGGAGUCGUCAGAUCCGGGAAACUUUUCCAUGUUGUCAAAUAUUUAUGCUGCAGCUGGUGAUUGGGAAAGUGUUGCAACUAUGAGGGUGAGAAUGAGGAGUACAGGAAUUCAAAAAGCUUCCGGGGCUAGCUCCAUCGAGGUAAAUGAUGAGGUUCAUGAGUUUAAGGUGUUCCAUAAAUCGCAUCCUCAAUCAGAUAAGAUAUAUCAAACGAUUGGAAAACUGAAUCAGGACCUUAAACGAGUGGAAUAUGUCCCAAUAGGACAUUGACUAUAGUGUUUUCCAAAACUCUAGGUAGGUACUUUCCGAAUGGUAUGCCUCUAUAGCACGCUGUCUAAGUCGGAAUGGUGGUAAAAUUUUCAUCAAACAACUUUCAUGAGUUACCAUGCCAAUGCCAUUAUUGUAAGUAAACCACGUUUGAGAAGAAAGUUCCAAACUGAUGGUCUUCUGCUCAAUCCAUAGAUGUCACUAUGUCUCUGUCUAUAUGUACCCAGUGUAAAAGAAUAUUGUUUAUCCAAAGAAAAAGAGAAGAAAAAGGCAAAUGCUUCUUGUUUGUAUAAUACAAUUUCCUUAUACUUGUCGAAAUUCU